AGGGCUGCGGGGAGCGCUGCCUCGGAGGGACCGCGGACGCCAUGGCGGCCGGCAUCGGGGACCGCAUCGAGGACUUCAGAGUCGGGAACUUGCUCGGCAAAGGCUCCUUUGCCGGCGUCUACAGAGCCGUGUCGGUUCACACCGGCCUGGAAGUCGCCAUCAAAAUGAUAGAUAAGAAAGCCAUGUACAAGGCUGGAAUGGUACAGAGAGUCCAAAAUGAAGUGAAAAUACAUUGUCAAUUGAAACAUCCUUCUAUCUUGGAGCUCUAUAACUAUUUUGAAGACAGCAAUUAUGUGUACCUAGUACUAGAAAUGUGCCACAAUGGAGAAAUGAACAGAUAUUUGAAGAAUAGGAUGAAGCCGUUUUCAGAAAAUGAAGCUCGGCUCUUCAUGCACCAGAUCAUUGCCGGGAUGCUGUAUCUUCAUUCUCACGGCAUACUGCACCGGGACCUCACACUUUCCAAUCUCCUCCUGACUCGGAACAUGAACAUCAAGAUCGCCGACUUUGGGCUGGCCACACAGCUGAAAAUGCCCCACGAGAAGCACUAUACGCUCUGUGGCACCCCAAAUUAUAUCUCACCGGAAAUCGCCACCCGAAGCGCCCACGGCCUGGAGUCUGAUGUCUGGUCCUUGGGCUGCAUGUUCUAUACACUGCUCAUCGGGCGCCCGCCCUUUGACACAGACACCGUCAAGAACACGCUAAACAAAGUCGUGCUGGCAGACUACGACGUACCAGCCUUUCUGUCGCAAGAUGCCAAGGACCUGAUCCGUCAAUUACUGAGGCGAAACCCCGCAGAUCGCUUAAGCCUGUCUUCAGUCCUUGACCAUCCUUUCAUGUCCUGCCAUUGCUCCCCGAAGAGCAAGGAUGUUGGGACUGUGGAGGACUCCAUUGAUAGUGGCCACGCCACAAUUUCCACCACAGUCACCGCAUCUUCCAGUGCUAGCAUAGGUGGCAGCUUUUCUGACAGAAAGAGACUGUUGACGAAUCAAGCACUCCCGAGCAAAAUGACUGUCUUCCCCAGGAAAACCUCAAGUGGUGUUUCUUCCUCAGGUGAUGGGAAUGGGUUUUUCCCUCAGUGGGGACAUGAAGAGCCAGACAGCAGCAGUGGUCGGAGGGGCAGGCUCAUGCAGGACUCUGAGGAGAGGCCACACUCUCGGUACCUGCGGAGGGCCCAUUCCUCUGAACGCUCAGCCGCCUCUGACGGCCACCCCCAAGCCCGGACCCACCCGAUGGAGCGGUGCCACUCUGCCGAGAUGCUCAAUAUGACCAGGAGGUCUUCAGUAGAGGCCAGUGCAGAGCGGCACCCACCCCCCAAGGGCAGUGCCAGUGUGUCUCCCCUCUUCAGAGAACAGAUGCCCAGCAACUCCAGAUCCUUUGAGGAUCCCGGAAGCAGCCAUGCACUCCCUGAUCAUCUUUGUCCAGGAAAAACUCCUUUUCCAUUUCCUGAUCAGACAUCUCAGGCUGAACUGGUACCCCAGUGGUUUGGGAAUCUGCAGAUAAAUGCUCACAUAAGAGAAAGUCCUAAGCACUUGAGCCCAGACAGCGAUUUCCAAGACCUCUCAAGAAAUGGCUGGACUGACCCGAGAGCCCACAAGAACCCUGAGGCCACCCCUGAUGUAUCCCCUGCAAGGCCGCUGGGCUCCAGGACGUAUCUGCCAAUAUUUCCCAGUCAACUGGAGGUGCUGCCGCAGGAAUCUGAGACCUACUCCAUUUCCCCUCAAGAAUCCACCAAGACCAGAAAUGCUGAGCCACCGCCAGGCCUUGGGCGUCCUCUGACAGCACGCAGGCUGAAGCCCAUCAGGCAGAAAACCAAGAAGGCUGUGGUGAGCAUCCUGGACUCUGAGGAGGUGUGUGUGGAGCUGCUGCGGGAAAUGGCAGGACAGGAGUAUGUGAAGGAAGUGCUGCAGGUGUCCCGUGACGGCACCAGGGUCACAGUUUACUACCCCAAUGAUGGGCGAGGCGUUCCUCUGACUGAUAGGCCACCCUCACUGCCUGCCAACACCUGUAGCUUCUGCUUUGACAGCUUACCAGAAAAAUACUGGCGAAAAUAUCAAUAUGCUUCCAGAUUUGUACAGCUUGUCAGAUCAAAGUCUCCCAAAAUCACUUAUUUUACAAAAUAUGCUAAAUGCAUUUUGAUGGAAAAUUCUCCUGGAGCGGACUUUGAAGUUUGCUUUUAUGAUGGAGCAAAGAUCCACAAAAAGGAGACUGGGAUUCAGGUGACCGACACAGCAGGGACUACGCACACCCUGCAGGGUGGCAGCAGAGCUGGCAGCCUGAGGGAUGACAUGAAGGACUACCUAGUACAUGCCAACGAGAGCCAUCGAGUGUGUUUGGCGCUGGAAGCUGUCAUCUCAGAACAAGAGGAGAGGAACAGCGGGGUUGCUCCCUUCUUCCCCAUCAUUGUGGGCAGGAGGCCCGGCAAUGUUGGCUCACCGCAGUCCUGGUUCCCGCCUCCUCCACCAGUACAGCCAGCAGGCCCAGGGCGAGAUGGCGCUGCCCUGAGCAGAACCACCACUGGGCCACCUGCCAUCACAGAUGAAGGGCGAGACCUCACAGAUGCAGCCUCGGGCACAAACAUCUCUCCGAGUCUCAGAGACAGGCCUCCCGCAUCAGCCCCAGUUGCACAGCCCCUAAAGUCAGUCUUUGUGGAAAAUGUGGGCUGGGCUACUCAGCUGGCAAAUGGCGCUGUGUGGGUGCAGUUCAACGACGGCUCUCAGCUCCUGGUACAGGCGGGUGUGUCCUCUGUCAGCUACACCGCACCCAGCGGCCACACUACCAGGUUUGGGGAGAAUGAGAAAUUGCCAGAAUGCAUCAAACACAAAUUACAAUGCCUUUCUUCCAUCCUUGUGAUGUUUUCUAAUCCAGACCCUAGUGUUUGCUGAUUAAAGGUCUUUUUCAAUAUCCAAUUUUAAUAAAUAACUUGUUAACUUCCAAGUGACUUUUUUAUUGACCAUGACAGAGAAAGCCACGAGAGAUCUGAGUGAGCAGACCCCAUGAAGUGCUGGGCUCAGC